AGAGAAUGGAUGUGAAAGAAACAUUAAGGGCACGAGAAGAAGAGAGGGAGGCAGAGGCAGAGGAAGAGGAAGAGGGAGGGGUGUUUGGAGCUGGCAAAGGCGGGCGUCUGACAGAGAUGGAGGUAUUUAUAGAUGGAGAGAUGAGGAGAUAGAACGACAUAAGGAGAGAGAGAGCGGGAGAGAAGGAGGUAACCAAGGAAGCAAGAUAGAAAUACAAAGAGAGAGGGGGAACCAGACACAGUUAGGAAGACAAAGAGGAGGAGGAGGAGGAGGAGACGAUGCUGAGGAGGAAGAGGAGCGUGUCGUUUGGAGGCUUUGGAUGGGUCGAUAAGUCCACGGUCAGCGCUCUGACAGCUCGCAAACAGGAGCUUCUGACCGUCCGCAAUGUGGCUGUGGCCGACUGCCCCCCCUCCCCUCCCCGAACCGCCCCCCCCACCAUGAAGUCAACUCAUUUUUUUGACAUUAUGGAAAAGAUGGAGCAGGUGCCAGAGGUUGCAGAAAUGAAGACGGUGCCUCAGAAACAGAAGGACGACUUCACUCCUUACGCCAGGAUUGAGCAAGUGCUGCAGAGAGGGGCUCCCUACCCGCAGGUCAUCCUGCCAGAGUUUGGAGGUUACUGGAUUGAGGACCCUGAGCCUCCUCCGCACUCUUUGGAGAGCAGUGGCAGAGGGGAGAAGAAGGGAGGAAUAGGGGAAGACAGACUCCCAGGGGAUUAUGGGUACAAGCUAGAGGACGUCAGCGAGGCUGCACGUGCCUACAGGAAGUACUUCCUGGGCAGGGACCAUUUAAACAUCUUGUGUUUGGCGAGCAGAAUGGGAAACAUGCUGCUGUCGGUGAGACACGAAGAGGACAAGGAGCAGGAGAUCCUCCACGUAGUCCUCAGGUCUCGGGUGAAAAGUGUCUACCACAGGCUGCAGGUGACAGAGCUGCUGGACAUCCCCAGUGCACCAGAGCUGGCAAAACUGUUGAGUGGUGAAGCAGCAAGUCUCAGGUUCAGUCCCGUCGUCUACCCGAAGGCGUCUCAGCUAAUACUAAACUACGAUGAGCACCAGGUGAACAACACUUUCAAGUUCGGAGUCAUUUACCAGAGGUUUGGACAGGUGUCUGAGGAGGAGGUGUUCAGAAAUACUGAGGAGACCCCGGCCUUCACAGAGUUCCUGCAGCUGUUGGGAGACACCGUGGAGCUUCAGGACUUUAAAGGGUUUCGGGGGGGUUUGGACGUGGCCCAUGGUCAGACGGGUUCUCAGUCAGUCUACACAGUCUACAGACAGCAGGAGGUCAUGUUCCACGUGUCCACAAAGCUGCCAUUCACCGAAGGAGAUGCACAGCAGCUUCAACGGAAGCGUCACAUAGGAAACGACAUAGUGGCCCUAGUGUUUCAGGAGGAAGCUACACCAUUUGUUCCUGACAUGAUCGCCUCGAACUUCCUUCACGCCUUCAUACUGGUGCAGGUGGAGGACCCCUGCUCUGACAACACCACCUACAAGGUGUCGGUCACAGCACGAGAAGAUGUUCCACCUUUUGGACCAGGUCUCCCAAACUCAUCCACCUUUAGGAAGGGACCAGAGUUCAGGGAGUUUCUUCUCACCAAACUUAUCAAUGCAGAGCUGUCCUGCUACAAGAGCGACCGCUUUGCCCGACUGGAGGAACGCACCCGGGCCGCACUGCUGGACAGCCUUUACGAGGAGCUGCAGAGACGCUCUCAAAGCAUGCUGGGCCUGGGCCUGGAGGACGAGGGCCGAGCGGAGAAUGGGAACACCCACGGAGGCCUACUGGAGUCCAUCAAGAGGGCGAUGCGUGGGCGAAGCAUUUCCAUGGAGACCAUGUCACGAGCUGGGGCAGGGCUGCCCACCAGUCUGAGUGGGGGAGGUCUGACACAAAUCAGUGCCGAGAGCAAUGUCAAAUCUCCUGUGAAGAGGCGAUCUGGGAUUUUCCCACGACUCUUGAGCGUCGACAGCCAAACAGAGAAACACAACCACGGAAGUCUCCUCAGUGAGCAGAGGAGCUCUGAUGGGUGGCAGCCAACGCCGGAGCUGCCAUCCAAUCCCAGCUCCCCAGAGGUGGGACAGCACAGGCACAGGAUGCAUGUCAAGGAAAGCAGUAAGAUUUACAGAUCAACAUCCAGCACCUGCAUGUUGAGCAUCGCUGCAGACGACACACGCCUGACGACAACGCUGGACAGGGACGGCCCGAGUUCGCCCCUGAUCUGUCGCAGUCCUACAGAGAUGAGAAAUAAAAACUCUCCCAGAGUCAACCUCAAGUUUCGCUUCGACAAGCUGAGCCACUCUGCUGCAGGACACUAAAGUGAGGACCGCGGUGGAAGGUUAGAAACAACAGGGAGCUUUGCUUCCAGACUCAAGAGGCUGGAGGCCUGUCUCACACUGAGGCUAGUGUGUCAGUAGAUGUGCAGACACUCACGUACAGUAUGGUCACCUGCACCUGAUUCCUCAGACUGUCGGCAGCUCCCAGGAUGGUUUAAACCCAAACCAUGACGCAGACCCACAGAUGCACAAACGAUGUCAUACUCAUCAGGCCACUGAGCAAAAUGAAGGCUGAGGUUGUAAACAGCAGAAGCACACUGCAACAAGCUGCUCUUCUUCUGGAGAAAAUGUUUUAGGGAGAUCAAUAACUGUAUCUGUUCAUUUCAUUUGGCUCAUUCAAGUCUAAAAUAUUGUUAGAAUUUGUUUUAUGUGAUUUUAAUACAAUAAAGAUCGAGGAUUAAUUUUGAGGUAGUUUAUGUUGUAUGUGGUUUAAAAAGCUCCAUCAAAUCAAUAAGUUACAAGCUGUGAUAUUUCCUGCAAAAAUCACAUUUCCACUGAAAAUAUCACCUUCAUGUUUCUCUGAAUCAACUGUAACCUAAAUACGUGUGAGACUUCUUUACACUAAAACUCAUUUGACCACUGAUCGCUGUGUUAGAACCAAGAAAAACAAUGUAAGGUCUUUAACGCGGACGCCAGGCUGCGCUGGGUUGACGUUAAGAAACUAGACAAGAACCAAGAACAUGAGGAACAUGAACUGGAAACUCUCCAUAAGAAAGGACAACAAGAACAAGCAUGAAUGCACAAAAAUGAGGAAAUAGACAGACAGGCAGGAAACCUGUAUUUGCAAUAAUCUGGAUGUUAAAUGUAUAAACAAUAAUAUUAUAUGCGUACAAAGUGAAUCUGGGCACCGACCUAUGUACUGUAAUAGUCUUGAUUGCACUAAAACUCACAAACUCUGUUCCUCGUCUUUUCACAUAUGAUUCCAAUUGUAAAUCACUUUCCAUGUUUGUUUGUUUUUUUACAAAAUAAGAGUAAUAAUUUAUUUUGAAAGAGAAUGUAGAAUGUAGAGGGGAAAUGUAGCAUUAAAACAAAGAUGCCUCUGAAUGUUUGUAUUAAUGAAAACUGGGAUAUCUGUUAUUCUGUCAUUAAAACUGAUAUAAUAAUGUU